AUGAAGCCGCCAAGUCGGGGGCUGAGAGAGGCGAUCAGGUCGGAGAAGCGCGAGCUCGUCAGACAGAGGAAAGACUUGCAGGAUGUCAACAGCGUGACACAGAGGAAGAGCAGGGGGGAUCGGGAGAACGACGAUGUUCGACUGUUCAGAGAUGCGCUGAAGGAUCAGGGAAGAGACUACAAGAAGGAGGAAGCACUUCGCAAGUCGCUCAUGAGGAAGACGGUGGGAAGAGUCUCCAUCAAGUCCAAGGAGAGCGCCAAACUGCUCCACCAGGCCAUAGAGGAGCAGCAGAAAGAUCGUAGCAGGAGCAAGAGGAGGUACCAGCACUCCGCUCACGUGGACGUCAAGCAGUUCCUGCACAGUGAGCAACACCAGCAGCCUGUGCUGAGCAAGAAUGACGAGCGCAAACUUGUUUCUUUCCUCUCCAGCGGCAUGAAGAGACCUUACAAGCACCACAUGCCCGGACACAGCCAGUCAGCUCCCUUGUCCAAGGAGCAGCUGUGGGCUAAAGAUUCCAAGAUGGCAGACGCAGCCGCUCGUAGGUCAGCAAAGAAGACUCUGACCAAGUCCAUCUCCUCUAUGGUAAGGCUGCUAACAAACUCCUCGGUAGCAAGCGCUACGGCCAAGUGGACCGAGUUCUCUUUGGACGAGGACAAGGACGAGAUGGUAGAGGGGAUGGAGGACGAGGACAAGGACAAGGACAAGGACAAGGACAAGGACAAGGACAAGGACGAGGACAAGGACAAGGACGAGGACGAGGGACCUUGA